AUGUGGCGGAGGAGUGUGGUGUGGCAAGUCAGUCGCUCGUCACAUACCACGGCGCGGGCUCAGCAAGCAUCCAGACCUAUCAUACAUAUCGAUAAUGCUACAUUGUACCGACAAUAUCCAUCCGCAAAUGAGGACCCGGGAUCCAACCCACCUCUGUUAUCGAACCUCAACUUUAGCUUGCCCAGCGAGAAGUCUUCAACGAACGCCCAGAACUGGUCUGUGAUCUCGCCAUCAUCUUUGGCUCGAACCACGUUCCUUCAAGCACUAGCCGGACAGCAUAUAUGCGUGUCUCCAACCGCUCGUACCUAUCCUUACUUGUCGGACAUUUCUCAAUCACCCCAGCAUGCUAUCAAGUAUGUUGGCUUCGACGCCGAACGAGGUAGCAGUGUCGGAGGGACAAGUGUCCGUGGCGCCUAUCUGAGUGCUCGAUAUGAAAGUCGACGAGAAGAAACGGACUUUUCUGUACUGGACUACCUGACCGGCCAUACGGAGCUCAAUGCGCUGGAAGAAUCGAUGUCUGAAAAUGACAGAAACGCUCUCGACGAGAUCACGGAGCAGCUGAACUUGCGCCAGCUCCUACGGAUGCCAGUGGCGAAUCUUAGCAAUGGCCAGACGAGACGAGCACGGAUUGCUAAGGCACUUAUGGCCAAGCCUGAGGUACUGCUACUCGAUGGACCAUUUAUGGGGCUGGAUCCGAAUACUCUACGCAUGAUGUCCGGAGUCUUGCGUCAGCUUGCGGAGAGACAGCAGCCGAGACUCAUCAUGAGCCUUCGACCCGAAGAUGGGGUGCCAUCGUGGGUCAGCCAUCUAGUCAUCGUCGAUCAAGCUUUGAAAAUCCUCGCGCAGGGCCCCAAACAUGACUUAGUUGAGCCGAACAUCCCCGCUGAGGCUGCCACAAUCUUACAUGCAGCACAGUCGGCUGCUUCGAGUAGAAACGAACGUAAAUAUAGCCGGGAUGGGUUCCAUCGCGACUCACCAGCACUUUCACCCGGGGAUGCGCUCGUGGAGAUGCAAGGCGUCAAAGUAGCCUACGGAGACAAGGUCGUGCUUGGCGAUUGGAGUCAAGAACACGAUAACACGAGUCGAUCUGGGCUUUGGUGGUCGCUACACCGAGGGCAAAGAUGCGCCAUUCUGGGACCAAACGGCAGCGGCAAGACUACCAUGCUCUCUCUCAUAACAUCCGAUCAUCCACAGACCUACAGCCUACCGAUCAAGCUUUUUGGCAGAUCUCGCCUACCAGGCCCUGGUCAACCUGGCAUUAGCUUGUUCGAGCUUCAGCAACGCAUGGGACACUCUAGUCCAGAAGUACAUGCUUUCUUCCCUAAGCAAUUAACCGUACGCCGAGCGCUGGAAUCUGCCUGGUCUGAUGCGCCGCUUGCAAAGCCGAAGUUACCUGCAGGUGCGAAGGAGAGGGUUGACGCCUGUUUGAGAUGGUUCGAGCAAGAGCUCAAUCCUAGAUGGCGAAACAAAUCAGUAGUGGAUGUGACUGGCGAAGAUAAGGUCAGGAAUAGCACUACUAUCGAGCAGUCCGACUCGACCUGGGCCGCCGGCAUGACCUUUCGAGAUCUGAGUUUCUCCAAUCAACGACUGAUCCUAUUCAUCCGAGCAAUCGUUGCAGAACCAGACCUCGUCAUCCUCGACGAGGCACUCAGCGGUAUCGAUGAAGCCACGCGAGACAAAGCACUACUAUUCUUGUCGCAAGGUGAGAACGUGGUCAAGAACUCAAAAGGCAGCGAGCACAAUCAAAUGGAAAGCAGUGAGCAUGCGAAGUUCGGUCGAGUAACAGUGCAAGGUCUUUCAUCUCAGCAAGCACUUCUCGUCAUCAGCCACUCGAAGGAAGAUGUGCCUGGUUGUAUACGCGAGUGGAUUCGGCUGCCUGAGCCUGGAGAAGGCAGAGUGCCUAAGAUUGGGCGCUUGUCAGGUCCACUUGAACUGAAUCCAGAAGCGUGGGAAGAGAUAUGGAGUUGA